GUAACUAGCAAUUAAUUACUUUUUCAGAGUAACGUACCCAACACUGUAUAGAACUAUGAACAUUCAUGCGUGAUUGUUGUGAUUUACAACAGGCCAGUGUUAGUUAGGUUAACAAAGUCGUUUUUUCUAGGACAUUCCUCUAAUGUGAUUUUCACAAUAUUUGAUCAGUAAUGUAAUUUCUCACGGAAUAUACUUUAAUUCUCUGUGACCCCAAUAUGUUAUUUCCCGUGCAUGAACACGGGGAAUUACUGUAAAUUUCCCAUAGUACUUGUUUGUUGUGACUUUCUACAGGACAAUACUGAUUACUGUGACUUUGUACAGCACAUCCUCUUUAAUGUGAUUUUCACAAUAUUUUGACCAGUAUUGUAAUUUCUCAUUGAAACCACAGUAAUUCACUGUGACCCCUAAUACAGUUGAUUCCAGUGCAUGAACACAGUGAAUUAGUGUAAUUUUUUUUACUAAACUAUAAGAAUUUCAGUUCUGGAUAGUAAUACAGCAUGCCCAUAACUAGGCCCAAAAUGAUUAAAAACUAUUAACCAAAUAAUUAUCUGGAUAAUAUUCAUAAAUUGCUGAUUCAUUCUAGUUCAGUGACAACAUUACCAUAAUGCGUAUACUUUACGUCUUCAAACCCUAACCACAAAUACGAAACUUUUGCAUUUCCCGUACUGUCCAAGUAUCCACAUGCAAUACUCUGAAUAUGAGUGUGCCGACAACCACUAAGAACACCAGAAAACCCAGCUCCUCAUUUUGGAAGCAUAUUUAGUGAGGACAAGCACCAAAUAACAAAACAAAUCAAGUUUAACCAAAACUAAAUUUAAACUGUGUAUGACAUCUCUAAACUACAAGUAAUGAACACAUAAAAUGUUACGCAACAUCUAGGAGCCAUCCCACCUGCACUUAAGCAAAAAUGUUGCACCAUUAGGUUAUGGCAUGGCUCAAAGGGCAAAGCAAUAAGGUGUUUUAGAUAAAAACAUGCACUGCGACAACAACCGCGUCAGUGCUGUUAGGGCAAGUGCGGUUGACAUGAGUGCUCGGUGGUUCCUGCUUUUGGCUAUGGCCUCUCUGGCCUCCACCCAGACAGUGGAGGAAAACGCCAGGGAAUUCUUAAGAAAAUUUGAUGAGGAUGCAUCUCGUCUGGUGUACCAGUAUUCCCUUGCAUCCUGGGCCUAUAAUACAGACAUCUCUCAGGAAAAUGCAGACAAAGAGGCUGAAGCAUAUAAGGUCUGGAGUGAGUACUACGGUAAGAUUUCUGAGAAUUCCAGUGCCUUCCCUAUCGAUCAGAUCUCUGAUCCAGAGAUCAAAUUUCAGCUGACAAAGCUCCAAGAUAAAGGAUCGGGGGCCCUUUCACCCGAAAAGGCCAGUCAGCUGAGGAAAGUAUUAUCAGAUAUGAGCACUAUUUACAACACUGCGACGGUGUGUAAAACCGACGACCCCAAUGACUGUCAGACUUUGGAACCAGGUCUAGAGAGCAUCAUGGCAAACAGCAGAGACUACUAUGAACGUCUACAUGUGUGGGAGGGCUGGAGAGUGGCCACAGGGAAGCGGAUGAGACCCCUGUAUGAGGAUUACGUGGACCUGGAGAAUGAAGCAGCCAGACUAAACAACUACGCUGACCAUGGAGAUUACUGGAGGGGGGAUUAUGAAACCACUGAUGAACCCAAAUACAGCUAUACCCGAGAUCAAGUUAUGGAAGAUGCCAGGCGAAUUUAUAAAGAGAUCUUACCUUUAUACAAAGAGCUUCAUGCUUAUGUGAGAGCCAGACUGCAAAAUGUCUAUCCGGGUCACAUCGCCUCAGAUGCUUCUCUUCCUGCACACCUUCUUGGUGACAUGUGGGGACGGUUUUGGACCAAUCUGUAUCCUCUCACCGUUCCAUUCCCUGAAAAGCCCGACAUUGAUGUGAGCUCUGCAAUGGUGGCCCAGGGCUGGGAUGAAAUGCGUUUGUUUAGAGAGGCUGAAAACUUCUUUAUGUCUGUGAAUAUGUCUGCGAUGUUUGACAACUUCUGGACAAACUCAAUGUUUAUGAAACCUGAGGAUGGAAGGAAAGUGGUGUGUCAUCCUACCGCAUGGGAUAUGGGAAACAAAGAGGACUUCAGGAUCAAAAUGUGCACUAAAGUGAACAUGGAUGAUUUCUUAACCGUUCACCAUGAGAUGGGUCAUAACCAGUACCAGAUGGCCUACCGUCACCGUCCAUACCUGCUGAGAGAUGGCGCAAAUGAAGGCUUUCACGAGGCCGUGGGAGAGAUCAUGUCCCUUUCUGCAGCCACGCCCUCUCACCUGCAGGCCUUGGGCCUCCUACCUGCCGAUUUCAAAGAGGACCAUGAGACAGAAAUUAACUUCCUGUUAAAACAAGCCCUAACCAUCGUUGCCACUUUGCCCUUCACCUACAUGCUGGAGGAGUGGAGGUGGCAAGUGUUUAAAGGGACCAUUCCCAAAGAUGAGUGGAUGCUGCGCUGGUGGGAAAUGAAGAGGGAGCUAGUUGGUGUAGCUGAGGCUGUGCCCAGAGACGAGUCAUACUGUGACCCACCUGCACUCUUUCAUGUGUCUGGGGAUUAUUCUUUCAUCAGGUACUUCACUCGAACUAUCUAUCAAUUUCAAUUUCAAGAGGCACUUUGUGAGGAAGCUGGCCACACCGGCCCGCUUCACAAAUGUGACAUUACAAACUCAACCAAAGCCGGUAACAAACUAAGGCACAUGCUUGAGUUAGGCCGGUCUAUGUCAUGGACCCGUGCCCUGGAGGACAUUGCAGGGACCACAAAGAUAGAUUCCCGGCCUCUACUAAAUUACUUCAGCACUCUUUUGGAAUGGUUAAAAGAGGAUAACCAAAAGAAUAACCGACUGACAGACUGGAAUGUCAAUACUGACCCAUAUUCAGAAAAUGCUUUUAAAGUCAGAAUAAGUCUAAAAGCUGCCAUGGGAGAGAAUGCAUACACCUGGAAUUCAAAUGAAAUGUAUCUGUUUAAAUCCACAAUGGCUUUUGCUAUGCGCCAGUUCUACUUGGAAGAAAAGAAGCAAGAGAUUCAUUUCAUGUCAGAGAAUAUCCACAUAUACAAGGAAACACCCAGAAUCUCUUUUUAUUUUGUGGUAACGGAUCCAACCACACCAGGCCUGAUAAUUCCUAAGGCAAACGUGGAGGCGGCAAUCCGACUUUCCAGAGGACGUAUCAACAGUGUAUUUCUACUCAGUGAUGAAACAAUGGAAUUUGUUGGUCUGAUGGCAACAUUGGCCCCUCCUAAAGAGGAAAAGAUCACAGUUUGGCUGGUGGUGUUUGGAGUGGUAAUCGGACUAACUGUGUGCGUGGGGGUCUACCUCGUGGUGACAGGGGUAAUCAACAGGAAAAAGAAAGCUAAGAAAGUUGAGGACACUGUGAACCCUUAUGAGGAAUCAGACAAAGGACAAAUGAACAAAGCCUUUGAAGAUGAUGUUGAAUUAACAGGACUGUAAAGAAACACAACAGCUCCUUCAGAUUGCAUGAAAAAAGCUUUUAUCAUUACAUGUUGGGGCAUUUGUAAAGUAAUAUAAAGAAUAUAUUAGCCCAUAUUCUUGACAUGUUCCCAAAUGCAUUUUUGAAAAGAGGAAUAAAUUAAGAAUCAUACAUGAAAUAAAGUGACACAAUAGCUUAACGUUGCUCAUACAAAUGUAAAUAUAGUUUAAUAUUAUAAAUAUAGUCAAAAUGGCACAAUUUUUAUCAAGAUUUCUUUUUAAAAAGUAUAAUAACCAGUAUUUAAUAAAAACGUUUUAUGAACAUAAUAGUAGCUUGACGUACAACUAAAGCGCAGAUGGAGAGGAUGUGCACACACACAUAAAUACUGUAUACACAUAAGUAUUUUAUUUCUAAAAUACUAAAACUGGUCUGUUGACUGUUGAUAAGUUCUAUAUGAGUAU